AUGCACUAAUAGCAGUCAAUUUUCAGAAAAAUAGAAGAAGAAAACACCUACACUUCCCUUCUGACUGUUUUUUUUUUCUCAAACUAUUUCUAAUGUUUCAGAUUCUAAGCGGUGAUAUCCGAAACUUCAUCGUAAAUCCACUCCGGAUUCAUAUGCGAAACAUGGGCAGUUUAAGCAGCGAAAACCGCUCCAUUCAUUCAGACAACAUCCAGGACGUCCAUAAUAUCCCAAUGGGUGUUAUUAUACGACCCAUCCCGCCUGUUCUGGACGAGCAGAAGGUCCAAAGCCUCAUGACGAGCAUACAGGAGUGCUCCGAUAUCUCUGUUGUUCCUCCCAUUGACGUGCUUUGGAUCACUGGAGAAAAGGGGGGCAAUUAUUAUUAUUCUUUCGGAGGCUGCCAUCGUUUUGCUGCCUAUCAGAGGUUAAAAAUGAAAUCCAUACCUGCCAAGAUCAUCAAAUCUAACAUUUCAGACCUGCGCACUUACCUGGGAGCAUCAACGCCAAAUCUACAGUGACAAUACUGUGACUUUUCUUUCUUGAACCCAUUAUUUGAAUUACCCCAAACCGUAAAUGACUAUAUUUGACACUAUUUUGUCCACUUUUGCUUGGUUGCUGUGGGAUUUUCCAAGUCACAUUGACUAAACAUCAGGGGCGCAACUGCACAUUUACUGAGGGGUAUGCAGGUUCAAGUUUUACGCCCAUGCCCACCUCAAUCCAACUUUAUUUUGUAACAGGCAAGUGAGAGUGCCAAAAUAUUUCACCUUGACAUGCUUUGCUUUUGUUCUUCUUGUACUACAUUUGUCAAACCAAAAUGAUAGUUAUGGGGUCCUAAUGACCUCCGUGAAGUUGGCACCCCAUAAAAACAAAUAAUCCCCAAAAAUAUGCCAUUCAUUUUUGCUGCAUUUGUGCAGCAUUUGUGCUGGUUUGGGGUCUGAUAUAUUAAGCAUUUUUUUUUGUGACUGUGUGACAUCACUUUUCACUCCAUGUUGCUCAAAUCAGCACAGGUCGUUUGUGCUUGAUUUGUGCCGUUAAAACACAAAAAUGUUUUCCUUCUUUAGAUAUAAGCAAAAUAUUUCUGGAGCUGUGACGUAAUGUUACUCUCCACCCCAUUUCCUCUAAAUUGCACCAAACUGAUAUCAUUCAUUUGUGCUCAAUUGGUGCUGGUUUGUGCUGUUAAAUCAAACACUGUAUCUAUUUUCAUUGUCUGAUCAUUAUAUUGAUAUUAUAUUGCCUGAUCAUUAUAAUUUGGGAGUCGUGCCGUCAUUUACAAUUGCUGAUAAAAUAGGUUUAAAUUCUGAUGUUUUUUUAUUUAUCCGCUCUGCAUGGAUGUAUAAGUGCAUGCAGGCAGAUCAGUCAAUCUUAUUUAGAGCUGAAGUAGAUAUAGGUGAAAAUAGUUUUGUUUUUCUAUGUUGGAAGCAAAUGUGGGGAUUUUUCCCAAAAUAACCUAAGAUUAGGUUACAUGUCUUUUUUUGGCAAAAUAUGUCCCAGCAACUUAAUUUUAUGACCCCCAUAUUCAUAGUGGCGAACAUGGUGAGGAUGUUUUGAAGACCAAACUGGCACGCUAUAAAGUCAGUAAGACCUUAAAAUAUCAGCAAGAGACCAAAAUGGUAUCUGCUACGUUCCAAAUAAUAUUAUAGUAUUAUAUAAUAAUAUAUAGGCUGCACAGUGGUGCAGUGGGUAGCACAAUAGCCUCACAGCAAGAAGGUCGCUGGUUCCGGCUGGGUCACUUGGCAUUUCUGUGUAGAGUUUGCAUGUUCUCCCUGUAUUCGCAUGGGUUUCCUCCGGUUUCCCCCACAAGUCCAAAAAUAAUGUGGUACAGGUGAAUUGGGUAAGCUAAUUUGUUCAUAGUGUAUGGGCAUCGUGUAUGGGUUAAAAGGGCAUCCGAUGCGUAGGAAAUAUGCUGGAUAAGUUGGCAGUUCAUUCCGCUGUGGCGACCUCAGUUUAAUAAAUAUGGAUGAAUGUUAUAGAACGCAAAAAUGUAACUUUCCCGAACAUCAACAUAUUGUUACAACACCAAUUUUUAUUUCUUUAAAUUGAGAAGCAGACUGAAUGUAUAUCUUGAGAAGUAAUGCUUCAAUUCAUGAUCAGACAGAUAAAACCUUAUAAUUCAAGGCGCAAAAUGACUUUUAGGAGUUAGAAGGUCCCUGUCUGCAUUUGCCCUGUUUGUUUUACCCCAACUUGCAAAUUGAGAUGAAUUUUGAUAAUUUACAUUAAGAGUACUUUUAGGCUCUCUGUCAUGUUAAUGUAUGAAAAAAAAACUGUUACACACAUAUUGCUUGCUAUAUGGAAUGCGAAAACAUUGAAGCUCAAUAUCUCAAAAUCAUUUUCUGCAAAUAGAACCUUGUAUUUCCAAGAUGACGAUUUUCUGACGAGUUUUCCUUUUUUUUUAAAUUUUUAUACUUCCUAUAUUGGAAGCGGACGUGGGGAUUUUUUCCUCUCAAAUUUGCCUAAAAUUAGGUUACAUGUCUUUUUUGACAAAAUAUGUCCCAGCAACUUAUUUGAUAACGUGGUGAGGACGUUUUAAAGACCAAACAGGCACGUUAUGAAGGCAUGUCAAGAAGAGACAUAUUAUAGUAUUAUAUAUUAUUAUAUAUAAUAAUGUUAUAGAAAGCAAAAAAUGUAAAAAAAAAUUCUCGAACAUCAUCAUCAUAUUGUUACACCAAUUUUUAUUUCUUUAAUUAAAUUAAUAAGCAGAAUGAUUGUAGAAAGCGGAUACUUUAAGAUAUACUCCUUCCCCUCUCUCUGCUCCACAUGCUUUCCUGUCUAUACUCUCAACUGUGCUAUCAAUUAAAGCUGAAAAUUCCACAAAAAAAAAAAAAAAAAAACAUUUUAAGUUU